CGAGACUUGAAAACCUACAAAAUGGCUGCCUUCACGAAUCCUCUAUGAAUAUAGAAACAAAUCAAAGUUCGGAAAACAACAGUUAGUUUUUGAGCAUGUUUUUAUUUUUUUAUUUAUUGAGAUUAUCCACAUUUAUGAGGAUCGAAUGUUGAUUCGUCAUCCACGAAAAAGAUGGCUGAUUUAUCUGAAGGGUCUGAACGUGACACAGAUAUAACUACCAAGCAGCUAAUAUCAGACGAAUCAGAGGUGGUACUAUCUAAAAGGCAAAGAAAGAAGAUAAUAAAACAUCAGAAAUGGCUGGAGAGGAAAGAUGAAAUGAGAAAAAAUCGAAAACAGAGACGAAAAGAAGAGAAAAUGAGAAAGAAUGAAAAACGGGAAGCAACCGGAGAACCUCCUCUCAAAAUCUAUAAAAUGUGCAGCGAACAAGCUAGCAAAGUGAAAGUAGCAAUUGACUGUGACUAUGAUGAUUUAAUGACUGAAAAGGACAUUCGUCAAUUUGUGAAACAAAUCCAGAGGUCUUAUUCUGAAAACCGAAGAUCACCAACCCCUUUGCAGUUUUAUCUAUGCAGUCUUGGUGGAAAAACUUUAGGGAAAAUUGAAGAAUGUGUACAAGGAUACAAAAACUGGGAUGUUUAUUUAAAACCUGAAAAAGUCGGUGAAGUUUUUGAAAAUGACAGAAUAGUAUAUUUGACAUCUGACUCACCUAAUGUGCUAGAAACUCUUGAAGCUGAUAAAGCGUACAUCAUUGGGGGAUUGGUUGACCAUAAUCAUCAUAAGGGAUUGUGUUACCAGAGAGCAGUGAAAGCAGGAUUCAAUCACGCCCAGUUACCAAUUUCUGAGUACAUACAGCUGCAAUCCAGGAAAGUUUUAACCAUCAAUCAUGUUUUUGAAAUUCUUGUGAGGUAUGUGCAGUCUAAUGAUUGGAAAGAAGCAUUUAUAAAAACCAUCCCUCAGAGAAAAGGUGUGAGCGAAGCCAUUGAUGCUAAUCCGUGCACCGUUACGUCAAUUAACAAUGACAGUCUGGCCAAGGAGGGAACAUCUAUCGACAGUGAGCCGGAUGACAUCAAUCAGGGUACGUUGAUCGCAAGUAUUGGUUGUGAAUUAAAAUCUGAAGCAAGUACUGUAACUACUGUAGAAGUCCCUGUUGAGGAAAAAAGUGCAAACACUAAACUUUGACGAAGUAAAGUAAAAUAGGUUUUAAUUAGGAAAAGGACUGCAUUUGCAUAUCUUUGCAUAUUUUUGCAUAUAGGGUACUCUUUUAAUAUCCCCUAUAUUCAUAGUACAACUGUACAAACUAGAAUAACCAAUCCAACAACUCGUAUUACUCGUAUCCACUCAACCAACUUUCAUUACAGCUGAUCUGAUUGGUUCUAGUUUGUUAGGUAUCUUAUCAUAUUUCUUUUAUUUUAACAUGUUGAUGUAGUGGCAGAUUAUCAGAAUUGUACUCGUAGAUCGAGACUGAACACAAUACUUUAUCUCUUCUCAGUACCUCAAAUAAAAGUUUACACUUGCCUAUUGUUAUAAAGGCUAUUGGUGGAGACUUUCAACAAACGAUUUAUUAACUCUCUGUGGCAUGCAUUUCAUCAUGGAAAAAUGUUGUUUAAGAGGCAUGUAUGGGUACCUCAAAAACGUAUCUGAGGGCAAGUUGUGCGGGCACACAGAAGCCACAACACGUGUUGAUCUGCGUGUACGUUCUGAGAGCACGUAGAUAAUGAUAGAUUUUCAAUGUUCAUCGGCGUAUUUCUACAAAGGAUCUGUUUCUUCUGACCAAAUGUAGCCUCUUUAUAGCUUUAUAUAAUAGUCAAGUGAGGAUAUACAAGGAAUUGGUAGUACGCUCAGACUUGACUUGCGUGGCAUCUGCUGCCCUCAGAUCGUGCAAACAAAUCAACAAGCACCCAACAGUGUUGCAGCUUCUCUGUGCUUGCACAACUCCCGCACUCUCAAUAACAUUUUGCAUCAAAUAAAGAACUCCAAACUUUCAAAAUGU